AUGGUCCAUCGACAGAGCUGCUUGAGCGAUGCUACCGUCCCCAGUGUGCUGCUCGCACAGGCGGAUUUGGAGAACCGAAAUCGGACUAAGAAUUCCUUCAAAAGGUUCCUGCAAGAGUCGGCUGCUGCGGUCACAAAUCCCCUUCUAGACUCGUUGGCUAGCAUCAGUGGGAUGCCACAAAGCACCUUCCUCGGCCACAUGUCCGCCAUCGGAUCCUACGCAACCACGAAGAAGAUAAACAUCGACGAGACGCUUCGCAGGAUGCUUCACACCAUCUCAGGUUUUUCAUUUGACGGUGACAGAGGCUCCGAAGAGGGUCCAAGAGCCACCGUCGUUGAGAAAUGCCUUACUCUGCGAGAACUAUGUGAGCUGGCCAAUUCGCAACGCUUCUCUCCUCCAAUGCGGGAAUGGAUGGGAAAGCACUCCUUCAGGUUCAACCGCUUACUGACCACCUGUCUCACAGCAGAACAGCCAGAAGUGGCUCAGGAGGCCUGCUUGGCGAUUGCAUAUUUGGCACGAAAAUUUAACAACGACAUGCUAAGUGGCAUGGAGCAGAUAAUUAGCAGUCUCAUCCGUUUGCUAGCCAUCCUGAUGAUUCCCAGAGAAAAUCAGAUCAGCUUCUACCGCAAGGCGUUAGAACACCAUGCUGACCUUGAGCUGAUAAGAGCUACCCCGCAGCCCUUCCAUUUCCCCAGGCAGACAUACAGCUUCACCGAUGUGCACCAUCACCUCGUCUCUUAUGUCUACUACACUAUCGCAGAUCUUCUUUACAACAUUCCCAAUCCCAGUCUGCUGCUCUUCUUUGAAUGUCGAAUCUUCCACCGCAGGGAGAUGACUCGAACCCUGCUCUUCCGAAUCCUGAGCAGCAUUUCUCAGAACAUAGAAGAGCUACGGGAGCAAGCCGAAAGUCUAGAGGAGCCAAUGCCACCGAAGGAGAACGAAGAGGCUUUCGCUGCAGAAAGCGCCAGACGGGCUAAAAUGUCGGAGGCCUGGGAUCGGUUGCCGGGAAAAAUGUACACAGAGAUACUGCGGGUUUAUAAUGACUAUAACGCUGUCAACAAAGAACUAAUUUUGGAUAUAAUGGAGUUACUCAAGGCCAGCUCACCAAUCAAACUUGCUAUAUUUGGGGAGGAAACUAUCAAAGCGCUGGAAAUUUACACUGGCCACACCACUGAAGGUCAUCCCACGGAAACGGUAAAGAUAAAGAAACAGUCAAAACGGAUUUCCCUCUCCGACAAACCGACAAAUCUGGAUGUAAACCUAAUUGGCACUGACUUCGAUGCAGAUGAGGAGGAGGAGUCCAGUUUCGAAAGUGACGAGGACAAGGAUCCCCAGACCUGGAGACCGAGCGUGGUACCCGACAGGAUCCCUAGUUUUCUCAACUAUGGCGGUGGACAGUAA